AUGUCUCUCCGAGCCACGAAUGUUGCAGAUUUUCAGCACAUUUUGCGUGUGCUUAACACCAACGUCGAUGGAAGAGAGAAGGUUGUGAUUGCUUUAACUGCUAUUCGAGGUAUCGGAAGGCGCAUUAGCGCUUUAAUUUGCAAAAAGGCAGACAUCGACACCGACAAGAGAGCAGGGGAACUCACAGCAGAUGAAAUCAGCAAGAUUGUAGCGAUAGUUGCUAGCCCGACUCAGUUCAGCGUCCCCUGGUGGUUCUUGAAUAGACAGAAAGACGUGAAGGACGGCAAGUCUCGUCAUGUGUCUGCAAAUAACUUAGACUCUGUCUGGAGAGAAGACUUUGAAAGACUAAAGAAAAUGAGGCUUCAUAGAGGUCUUCGUCAUUACUGGGGCUUAAAAGUGCGAGGACAGCACACAAAGACGACGGGCAGGCACGGUAGAACAGUCGGUGUUGCGAAGAAGAAAGCAUAA